GAGAGAGAGAGAGAGAGAGAGAGAGAGAGAGAGAAAGAGAGAGAGUCAGAGGCAGACAGAGGUCGCUCACAUUUACUUUCUCAACUCCAGAGCCAUCAGGUCCCAAAAAUGAACACCAAAUUAUUUGAUUUGUGAAGCUCUGAACUUUGGCUGAACUCCAGGUUUGACGUUUGAGGUACGCAGGAUAAGAUUAUAGCUUGUGAUAUUUCACCUGAACUCAUGGGUCCAAAGAAAUGCUACUAAGAGGAGGACACUGCAGCUUGGGCCUUGCCUGAAUGUGUUCAACCAUAAACAGCGCUUUUCCUGCUAGUUUCAUUUGUGAGGGAUCAGAAAACUCUAACAGACUUCAUGGGGGAGUGUCAAUGUCUAGCACUCCCAGAAUCAGUGCGAGUGGCAGGGUCCGGGCCAAUUAUACUCCUCAACAAUCAGAGAUGGACUGGACCUGGCAGGAACUAAUGGCAAUCACAGAACUGCAGGAAUUUGAAGUCCCUAAUGAGAAUUCAUUUGAGGCUGGUACCUAUGUCAACAUGGAGCCAAUGGUGCAUUAUGGGAGCUGUGGGAUGAACCUGGCUGAUCCUAACCCACCCACCUGUCAGGCGAGCCCCGCCGCUGCUUUUGAAGCUGGGUACAGUGAUGCAAUGUCCCCAUACCAACGCUUAAACCCAAACAUGGAAAUUCACUAUGGACAUACAGGGUGCCAGGCUAGCAGAUUACUACCGAAUGCACCACCUUUUCAACCUCCACUCAUGAGCCUCUUGGAUCCCAUGAACACCAAUCACGGACAUGUAAAAAACUCCAACGGACACCCAGACGAUCUCGAAUCAGACUCUGGUCUUUCUUUGGGCUCAAGCCCACCACUUGCCUCACCCGAGAACGAAGUCCACGGGAUGCUCACAUAUCUACCCCGAAAUGGCUAUACUAAUGGUGACCUAGACUGCACUGGGGACCAAUGUCACAUGAGACCAAACCUAAACGGUCCUGUGGAUUAUUCACACACUUUUGGCUCCUACUCUGGACAUUCCUACUUACCAGUAGCAGCAAACCCACAACACAUGCAGCCGCAUGUACCUCAUCCACAUCAGCACAUAACUGCUAUGAAACAGCAGCUUUUUCCUGCGACUCAACGUGAUCCACAUGCAGCCCAUUCAAGCACACCAAGAGCAGUCUCUUUCCAGUCACCACACCCCAAAACAAAAGAUGUAAACCUCUCCGGCCCGCUCACCAGGGACGAGCGGAGAGCAGUCGUGCUCCAAAUCCCUUUUCCGCUCGACAAAAUAGUCAAUCUCCCCGUAGAUGACUUCAACGAGCUACUGAGCAGACACGCACUAAACGACACCCAGCUCACACUAGUGCGCGACAUCCGCCGCCGAGGCAAGAAUAAGGUGGCGGCGCAAAACUGCCGCAAGAGGAAGCUGGAAAACAUCGUGCACCUGGAGCAUGAGCUGGGACAGCUGAGAGCCAGGAGGGAACAUCUAACACGAGAGAGGCUAGAAUUCCAACAAAAUCUCAACAUGCUGAAGUGUCGCCUUUCAGAGCUUCACGCUAAAGUGUUCUCCCAGUUACGGGAUGAGGAAGGACACCCAUAUUCCCUGGAGGACUAUUCGCUGCAACAAAGUAACGAUGGUAACCUUUACCUUCUGCAGCGAAACAACUCUUUGGAUGGGGAAUGAAUGAAGGUUUUACCAUUAUUAAGCACAUAAGGUUAAAAGUUGGCUGUUCCAAAUAAAUUUAUGCUAGAAAUAUAAUGGGUCAUCAGUGUAGCAAACCCAAAACAAAUGAUCCUCAGGGCCACAGCCAAAGACUACACAGCAUGCUUGCUACUUUCCUUAGCAAAAGUAAGUGGUCCAAUGGCUCUCAUGAUACUAUGUAUAUAAUUAAGCAUUAACUCACAGGAGUCAUGUGUUUCAACAAUUUAAAAGCUUUAUUUACAUAGUUAAAAACCACUU